UCGGGCAAUUUCUUUAAAUGUUGAAAAUAGUGUUAAAAACAUUGAAAACAACAUUUUGUUUUUACAACAUUUUGUUAAUAUUUUUACAUUUAAAUCAAGCGUUUGCUCAAAAAUGCCAAAAUGGAAGGCUAGAUGGAGAAGGUCUCUUUAAAAUUUAUGCAAUGUUAUCUAUUGAAGCUUGCAAUCCUAACGGUGCUAGAGCAAGAGGAGUUGCUCAAGCUGAAGCUUUAAAGUAUGUAAUUAAUGAAGCAAAUCGUCAAUUUAACAAAAGUCUCAUUGGUUAUACUAUUUACGACAUUGAUGACUACAGCAAAUUAGAUUAUACAGUGAAUGCUACGUUAGACAUUAUACUUUCACCAACCAAAAGAUUUUUAUCCCCAAAUAUUGCCUACAAUAAUAUUUUUUUUAAGUCAAAUAAGUUUGAACCAACAGCUUUAGGAUUACUUGGAUUGGUAUCAUCUGAAAACGCCAUAUAUGCUCAUCAAGCAUUCUCAUUUACAGACAUUCCGAUCAUUAGUUAUUCUGCAACAAGUGAUGACUUGAGUGAUAAAAAAAUGUUUCCAAACUUUUAUCGCACGGUACCUCCCGACAGUUUUCAAGCUUUGCUGUUUUCCGAUCUUUUGUUGCAUUUCAAUUGGACAUAUGUAUCUGUUGUUGCUUCGGAUGACUCCUAUGGGAGAUCUGGUACAUUUCAACUAGUGCAAAAGUUAAGUAAAGUUAAAAUCUGCGUAAAAUCACAAGAUGUAAUUAUUAAUGAAAGUAAACAAGAUUCUUUAAUACUUUCAAAUAUUGAAUCAGAUCCUCGAGUUAGAGUAAUUAUUUAUUGGGGAGAUUUAAAAUCGCUUAAAUAUCUUUUGACCGAGUCGAAAAAGCGCAAAAUUUUUGGAAAAGUAUGGAUAUUGAGCGAAGGUGUUGGCUUAGAUAACUGGAUAAUUGAGUUUAUGAAAACUUUUGAAGGAAGUAUCAUGAUACUUAAUCCGUAUACUUAUACAGAGCAGAACUUUAAACAAAAAUUUUUAAGUAUUACAUAUAAUGAUGCUACUCCGUGGCUAAAAAUGUUGUUUCAACAAAAUGGAAUAAAUGAACUUAAAAGCAAGUUUACUGUCAGUAAUAUUCAAAACUUAUUUGACUACAGACGUGUUGGUUAUCUUCAGACUUCAGCAAACGUUUUGAUAAACGCUUUUGUUAAUUACACUAAAACCCAAUGCAACAUUGUAUCGAACAACAUUUUAUCGUGCAAUGAUUUAAUUUAUAACCGAAACGAUUUUAAUAAUAUCGUAAAAAGCAUAAGUUUCUCUUAUAAAAACAAUGAUAUAUUUCAGUUUGAUGAAAAUCAAAAUCCAGUGACGGCGAGUUAUGAUCUUUUUGUUGUAACAAACUCUAAGUUUGAACUUACAGCUUCAUGGACAUCAAACAAAGGAUUUAAAAUAAUAAAUAGUUCCGUUUUUGAUUCUUUUCAGGUUACCUCAGCUUGUUCUCAAGCAUGUCCUCCAGGCCAUCAAGGAGUAUUUCAUAAAGAAAUAAUGUGUUGCUGGGCGUGCGGUUUUUGUCCUAAAAACCAAGUCAAAAGUACGUAUGGUCAAAGUUCAUGUGUUAAAUGCAUGGAAGAAAAAUUAUACAUUAGUAACCCAAACAGAACAAAGUGCGUCAAAUUAAAUCAGAUUUACUGGAGCUUUUAUAGCAACAACAAUUAUUUAUUUGUAACAUUUUCAUUUUUCAUAUCAGGUGCAACAAUAACAUUUGUUUUUAUGUUGACAUUCAUUCUAAAAAGAAAUACACCAAUAGUUAAAGCAUCAAACUAUUGGCUAUCUAUCACGCAGAUGACAUUGCAUUUUUUAUUGUUUAACAUAACAUUUUUAGCAAUUGGAAAAGGUUCAAAUAUAAAGUGUUUUUUUACUAUGCAUGUAAGUGGACUUUUAUACUUUUUAAUUAUUAAUGUGACGUGGCUCAAAGUAAAACGUCUGGUAGCCGUGUUUGGUACUUUACAUAAGUUGAGAAAAAAGGAUAUGCAGCGAAUAAGGUUUAAAGAAUUUAUAACAUUUUUAGUAGCGAACUUGUUAUACGUUUCAGUAAUGUUGACUAUUGAGGCAAUUAAGCCAAUAAACAUAAGUUUGAUAACCGAUGAAAAUGCGCUUACUAUAAAUGAGUUUUGUAAAUCAGAAACUAACAUGUUGGUUCAUGUUUGUUGUAUUCUUACAUUAAUGGUUUUUUGUGCCAUUGAGUUGUUCAAAGGUAGAAAUCUUCCAUUAAAAUACGACGACACAAGAUUUAUAGCAGUUGGAACGUUUUCUUCCGUAUUAAUAAAAAUACUGGCUGUACCGUUGGGAUAUAGUUUAAAUGACGCAAACAAUUACAAAACAAUGCUUUACACAGUUAUUAACAUUUCAAACUUCCUUCUGUUAAUUACCUCUUAUAUGUUUAAAAUAAAAAUUAUUUUGUUUGAACCAAAUUCAAACGUUCGGACAGGCUUUAACAGAAAUCGUAAUAAAAUACACCCUGAACGUUCUGUCAAGCUUCGUUAAUUAUUUUUUAAAUUGAAAAUAAAAACUUCUAGUAGAUAA